AUGGACACUACACCUGCACCAUCUAGAGCCACGACGCUGCCGAACCAAACCCCCAAACGAGCCCGAAGUUCACCUACUCCUAGUCUAGCAGACAUAGGUAAACGCUCUCAUAGAGAAGGCACUCCCCUUCUCUUUUCACUUUCAGACUCGUCUUCCCCUUCCACACCAUCUGAAUCUUCACCACGUGAUCCAGGAUCCGCCAACCUUUCUUCCUUCUGUGCGUUUUUGGACCAGCAAACCACCCCUCAGUCUCCAUCCAAGUCCAGACGUAUAUCCAGACCUUCCCCUCCUCGAACCAGAUCCCAGUCCGUUCCCAAUGCUACAAUUCUAACAACUACCAAACCAGUACCAAUCACACCGUCGACGACCAUUAUAUCCGCUACCAAACCGUAUUAUCACCAAACCAAGGACAAAUCAUUAUGGAAACUACCCGCUCUAAAGAAAUCUACCUUAAUUAUUGGAACAUCUAACCUGAAUCGAAUUACCAAAACCAGUUCAGACACUGAAAUACAUUCUUACCCCGGUGCCCAAAUCCAUCAGAUACAGUCAAUCCUGGAAUCAUACGACCAUGAUCCCAAACCUACUACCAUUAUUCUUCAUAAACAGCAACAGCAUUUAUUUGUUUUGGAUACACCAGCUUCAAGCAUCGAGGUUGGUAUUAUUUAUAUCAUUACGAUAAAGAAAUGGUUGAAGAAGAAUGGUAUGAAACUACUAGAUUUAUUCAAAGAAUACAGUGUUAUCUCAAAAGAUAAAACGGAAGUUCACGCUAAACUCAAAGAACUGGACUAUUCUAAACCGAUGGCAUUUGACGCUAAUGGGUUGUUCGCUUCCGCCAUGACAGAAGGUGAAUAUCCUAAAGCGGAAAGUGGAAGACCGUUUGUACCAGAAGAAGAAAAAGAAUUUGUAAAACUCUUCAAUAAACAAAAAUUCAGACCUAGAACUGCUAUUUUAAAAGUCUGGUUUGAGUAUCCCAAAAACAUGUUCUUUCAACCCAUACCAGCUAAAGAUAAAAUAACUUUUACGAAUAGAAUAGAAAUAGUGAAAUCCGGUGGUAAAAUUAUUAAAAUAUCAGAUGAAAUAGUAUACGAAGAAAAUUUUAAAACUCCACCAUACAGAGAUUAUAUUUUAAUUUUGAAGGAAUUAAGGAAUAAAUACAAAAAAGAAGGAGAUAUGGUUGCUAGUAAUUGCAUGAAAUUAUUAAUUAAUUCCUUAUACGGUAAAUCUAUUCAGAAGGAUAUAAAUACAUCGAGACAUCUAUGGAGUGAAGCGACUUUUAAAGCCAACUUCGAUUCACACGUCAAAAGCUAUGAAAAAGUAAAUGAUAGUCAAUUUAUAGUUGAGAUGAAUGAAGAAGAAAAAUAG